AUGUGUCUUGUACAGUUUCAAAAUGAUAUUCCACCAACAUCACUCACGAAAGAUGAUUUAACUAUCAGUACAAUCCAUUUAGUUGAUCUCGCUGACAGUGAACGUGUUAAUCGAGCGAAGACAGUUGGUGAACGAGUGAAAGAAGUAGGCAACAUCAAUUCAUCACUGAUGGUUCUUCGACAAUGUUUUGAAACUCUUCGAGAAAAUCAAUCACAAGGAAUCAGCAAGAUGGUUCCAUAUCGUGAAUCGAAGUUGACAUCGUUUUUCAACAAGUUACUUUGA